AUGAUGAAAUUGGUGGUGUUGUCUUGCCUGAUGGCUGCCGUUUCGGCGAGCGGAUUGGCGGCUAUUCCCCUCGCGUACACGGCUCCUUUGAUCGCUCCCUCCAACUACCGUGGGCCUCUGUCUCUAGCACCUGGACAGCCCGCUAAUAUUCUGGCCGCCGAUGGCAGGCCAUUGGACACUCUGGAAGUCAACUUGGACCGGUCAGCCCAUCUGACGGCGAAGGCUCUGGACAGCUGGAACGGUGUGCACCUGCUGAAGAAACGAUCGGUCGCGGUUGCUGCACCUCUUCUGGCCUCUCCAGUCAGGACUGUAGCUUUGACUCAUGCUCCUCUCAUCGCACCCUCAAUCUACUCCGCUCCCAUCGCGACUCACAUCUCCCCCCUUACAUAUGCGGCACCCCUCGCCCAUUGGUGA